AACAAAGUACAAACCUAUAAACAGAGGUUUAUCACAUAGUAACUGUCAUAAUUUUGAAUUAGUUUACGUUUAUACAACGAAGGAAAAACUACAAUAAGUAAUUAAUAUCUCAGCAGAUCCCACGAAAACAAAGGACAAAUAUUUUAUUAGUUGUUGACAAGAUACUUUCUUAUUUAGUCUCUUAGUUUUUUCCUUACUAAUACUAUAUUAAUUCGGUGGUAUAGUGACAAGAGUGUGCAUUCGCAGUCGAGUUUUUUGUCGAGAAAUACGUCUCUGCAAUGAUAAUUUUAUCAUUAAUGUGUAUCGUGUCCUCAGUAUAUUGUGAUUCAGUUAGUGUUUCUACAAAUCAAGGUACACUUAUAGGUCGAAAAAAUAAAACCGAGAAUGGCGUUGAAUACAAUGAAUUCUUACAAAUACCAUUCGCAAAGCCACCUGUAGGAAAUUUAAGAUUUAAGAGCCCACAACCACCAGAAUCGUGGGAAGGCGAAAGAGAUGCCAGAGAAGCCGAUGAGAACCAUAUAUGUACCCAAUCUGACAUCAUCACACAACGUACAAAAGGCAGCGAAGAUUGCUUGUACCUCAAUGUCUUUAGUCCGAUUUCAGCAAGCAAAACAAAUAGUAAGCCAGUGAUAGUUUUCAUUCAUGGAGGAGGUUACAUCUUUGGUAAUGGUAUUUUGAAAAAUGAAAAUAACCCGACUUAUCUACUCGAAAAUGACGUUAUCGUUGUAUUCAUAAACUAUAGGCUUGGAGUCUUUGGAUUUUUAUCAUUAGAUAUUCCUGAAACAGCCGGAAACAUGGGUUUAAAAGAUCAACUAAUGGCUUUGAAAUGGGUUCAAGAAAAUAUAGAACAUUUUGGAGGUGACAAAGAUAAUGUUACGAUUAUGGGGAUUAAGUGCCGGUUCAGCAUCAGUGGAAUAUCAUAUACUUUCACCGGUUAGUAAAGGACUUUUCAGCAAAGCAAUAAUGCAAUCUGGAUCAGCUCUAAACCAUUGGGCUAUAAACCACAACAUUAAAAAUCUAAGUAUGACAUUAGUAAGAGAACUGGGUUAUAAAGCAUCUGAAGAUAAUGACAGAGCAAUAUACCAGUUUAUAUUAAAUACAAACGCAAUAGAUUUAUUAACGGCCAGUAUUAAAGUUACUGAUCCACGGAAUUUCAAUGGACUUUUCUUUGGUUUCGUUCCUUCUAUCGAAAAAGAUUUUGGGACGGGAGAAACAUUUUUAAGUGAAUAUCCUUAUAAUUUACUCAAAGAAGGAAGAUUUCAGAAAGUACCUAUAAUAAGAGGAUUUUGCGAAUU